CGACAUAUUAGAAAUCAAUCAUUCUUAUUCUUUGAUUAUUUCUAUCUUGAAUAACGACUAUUACUAUUGCCAGGAUCCAUUAACUUGUUAUACUUUCCACACUCCUCCCUAGGCCAUGGUACACACCCGAUCGCUUGCUGUCGCGGCGUCCGCGUUCCUGCUCAGCGAUCCGAGACUGGCCGCCGGAGGAUCCACGGAGCUCCAAAGCGUAUUGAAGAACACGCAUGGCAGCAAUGAUUAUGGCUAUCCGACGGAUUUUACCCGGGGUAUAAUGCCCAUCCCAGUUCACUCGCAUAAUGACUAUUGGAGAGACAUACCUUUCUACACCGGCCUAUCCAAAGGGUGUAUCUCGACAGAAGCCGAUGUAUGGCUGUAUAAUGACACUCUCUACGUCGGCCAUGACGAAUCCUCCCUGACAAAGGAUCGGACCCUGGAAUCUCUCUACAUCAACCCAAUUCUGGACGUGCUUAAACUCCAGAAUCCCAGUAGCCCAUUUGUAACAUCCCCAACCAACAACGGCGUCUUUGACACCUCCACCACCCAAACCCUCUACUUCUUCAUUGACCUCAAAACCUCCGGCCCGGAGACCCUUAAAGCCGUGGUCUCCGCUCUCCAACCCCUCCGCGACCAAGGCUAUCUCACCACCCUCAAGGACAAUAAAACUCUCACUACCGGCCCCGUCACCGUCAUCGGCACCGGCAACACCCCGCUCGACAUGGUCGGUCCCGUCGCAGACCGGGACUACUUCUACGAUGCACCACUUGAGGCACUAGCUGAGCCCGAAUACGCUGAUAUCACGGGUCUCAUUUCGCCCAUUGCAUCGACGAACUUUGCUUCGGCUGUGGGGCCCGUCAAGGGUGAGAAGCUUAGCGAUGAGCAGAUUGAGGUGCUGAGGGAGCAGAUUCAGACGGCGGAGGAGAGGGGCAUUGGCGCUAGGUAUUGGGGUACGCCGUAUUAUCCGGUGCGGACGAGGAAUUUUGUCUGGAGGACAUUGUUGGAGGAGGGAGUUGCGUUGUUGAAUGCGGAUGAUUUGGAUGCUGUGGUGGAGUAUUUCUAAUCAUCGAAGCGGUGUGUUAAUUGGUAUAGUAAAUAUGUUGUUAAGUUGAGGUUCAGUUUUGGACUGAGAAACGAUGAUAUCAUUUAUCGAGCAGUUGGUAAGUACCUACUAGAAACCAGGUACAGAUAAGGGCUAUGAACGUGUGACCAUCAACCCCUGAUGCUGGUGGAUCACAAGCUUCCUGAGUGGUCAAUAGGGCCGCUUUUUUCUGUAGGCCAAUGCAGUCACUUCAGUUAAAUAAAUAGGAUCAACUAGUAGCCCAGUAUUAGACAACCAGUCAAGCUUCUAGGUAGACAUAAGAGAACUACUUAUU